CCAUAGUGGGAGGAUGCCAGGGCCAAUGCCGAAGCUAAACUAAAACUAUGAACCUGGUGGACAUCACGUAAAAACGUGUACACUAUACAAUUUAACUAGCUAGCUAGGUAAUGUACUGUGCUAGGUUUUCACCGUCUAUAUGAGUCAUUGGCUACACGACGAUUUAUUUAACGCAAUGGACUUGGACAGACAGAAGCGAAGGGAAGAGAUUCAAAAAGCCAUGGGCUUCAUACAGUCGUCCUUGCCUUAUCCAGAGCCUGAAGGCUACGAGGCCUUUCUGACCCAGCUGGUGUGUAACCUCCUGGACGAGGGGAACGCGGUGUUUCGGGAGGGGGACUGGAGGCAGGCGGCACUGCAUUACAGUGAGGGGGUGAGCGUGGCGCUCUACGCCCAGACCGAGGCGCUGGUCAUUCCCGCAGAGCUGCUGGAGUGCCUGUAUGUGAACCAGGCGGCCGCACACCACCGCCUGAGGGAGUACGAGCGGGGCGUACAGGACUGCGACAGCGCGCUGGCCGUGUGUGAGGGCAGCCGCAGGGCUCUGUACAGGAAGGCGCUCUGUCUGCGUGAGCUGGGCCGGCUGAGGGAGGCGUACGAGUGCAGCACCGGCUGCCUGCUCACCGCCCCGGACGAACAGGUGAGCGAGCUGGCCCAGGAGCUGGCCAAUAAACUGGGCCUGAAGAUCCGCAAAGCCUACAUCAGUCCCCAGGUGGAAUCUGGAACAGCAGGGGUGGAUGGUAAUGAGGACACAGCUCCCCCUACAGGAGAGAUGUCUGCCAAUGGUCUGGAAUCUUUGAGCGACAUUACAUCAGCUGGGCUGGCGACCGCGCAGUGUAUCCCAGCUCCCCUGGCCACGCCCAUCCCGGUCAGCGAUGACCCCGCGUCCCCCUCCAAGGCCCUCCCUGAGAGCCCCGCCCACGGACCCCCGCGGGUGCCCUUCUCCGUGCCCGUGUCGGAGCACAUGGCCGAGUGCGAGGUCAUGGACGCCGAGCUGGACAGCCUGCUGGACUGCAUCCCCAAGGGCUCCGAGAUCAGCGUGAGCCCAGUUCAAGGCGCCAUCCCCACCAACCUCCCGAACCAGGCCGUGGGUCUGCGGUCGCCCUACCCCUCCAGCCUGCCCGCCCCGUCGCCCCAGCUGCCCCCGGCCUUCUUCAGCUCUGCCGUCAGCCAGCUCAACUCCCUGGACACCUUCCAGGCCCUGGGCUCAGCCGACACCCCCACUCAGGCGCUGGACGCCCUCGACGCCCUUGACGCCCUGGACGCCCUGGACUCGUUCUCCCCUGGCCCGGCUGCAGUGGGCACUGGAGUGGCUGGGGGAGGGGGUCUGGACUCCCUGUCCGAAUUCACCUUGCCCGGUGGAAGAAUCUCUCAUAGUUUCAUUCCUGGCCUGCGGAAUGCUGGAUCCUCUCACACUAAUGGCCCUGUCAGCUCGAACCUCUCCCUGCUCUCUCGGAACCCCCUGGCUGCGACCCACGAGUUCAGACAGGCCUGCCCUGCCUGCUACAGUCGCAUAGGCCCGCGGGUCAUGGAGUACCAGUACCAGCCCGAGGCGGCGCACCGCUGCAAGCGGGACACCCUGCUGUGCCGACUCAAGGAGGGGGACGACCCCGUCUGGAAGAGGGUGCGGCCCCGCCCCGCCCGGAACAACUUCCUGGGAGCGUUUGUGCUCUGCAAGGAGGUGCAGGAGAGGCAGGAGUGUAAGUACGGGGAGAACUGCACCUUCGCGUACUGUCAGGAGGAGAUCGACGUGUGGACGCAGGAGCGGAAGGGGGCGCUGAGCCGGGAGCUGCUGUUCGACCCGCUGGGCAGCACCGAGAGACGGGCACUCAGCGUCACACGCCUGCUGCAGCUACACAUGGGCAUGUUCAUGUUCCUCUGUGAGGAGUGUUAUGACAGUAAGCCCCGCAUCAUCAGCAAGCGCAGUAAGGAGAACCUGGCCGUCUGCUCCAACCUCACCGCCCGCCAUCCCUUCGACGACAAUAAGUGCCUGGUGCACGUUGUGCGCUCCGCUAACGUGCGCUACAGUAAGGUGCGGCCGCUGCACCCGCUGUGCCAGUUUGACGUGUGCCGACACGAGGUGCGCUACGGCUGCCAGCGCGAGGACAGCUGCUCCUUCGCCCACUCCGUCAUCGAGCUCAAGUGCUGGGUGCUGCAGCAGGACACGGGAAUCACCCACGAGGAGAUUGUGCAGGAGUCCAAACGCCACUGGCACCGGCUGGAGCAGAACGUCCCGAGACCCAAGCCUAUGCACGUACCUCCUCUAAAUAACAUGGGAGGCGGGGGUGAUGGAGGAGGAGGCGGAGGAGGAGGAGGAGGAGGGGUAGGAGGAGGAGGAGGAGGAAGGACCCGGGGCCUGAACCUGAAGAUGAAGUUUGUGUGUGGCCAGUGCUGGAGGGACGGACUGGUCAGCGAGCCAGACAAAGCACUGAAGUACUGCACUGCUAAAGCCCGGCACAGCUGGACGAAGGAGAGGCGGGUGCUGCUGGUGAAGUCGUUUGAGAAGAAGAAGUGGGUGGUGGUGCGGCCGCUGCCCUUCUCCCGGAGCUACCCCCAGCAGUACGAUAUGUGUGUCCACGUGAUGAAACAGAAGAAGUGCCACUAUAUUGGGAACUGCUCGUUCGCCCACAGCCUGGAGGAGAGAGACGUGUGGACCUACAUGAAGAAUAACAACCUGCGAGACAUGCAGCAAAUGUAUGACAUGUGGCUGACGUUGACCAAUCAGAAUCGCAGACCGGAUGGCACCCUUGUUAGCCCACCCCCUGAGGAGAAACAAAUCGCCAUGCCAACCGACUAUGCAGAGCCUAUGAACGGCUUCCACUGCCGGCUGUGUGGGAAGCACAGCAACAGCGAGCGGCAGUGGCAGCAGCACAUCUCCUCGGAGAAGCACAAGGACCGGGUGUUCAGCUGCGAGGGCGAGGAGGAGGCGCUGGCCUGGAGGUACCGCUUCCCCGGACAUCGGCUCGCCCUCUGCCCAAGACUGGAGAGCGGCUGUCCGGAGGGGGUGAGCUGUGAUUUUGCCCACGGGGAGGAGGAGCUUGUGGAGUGGCAGGAGAGGCGGGACUUCCUGCGGAGGAAGUUGGCCAAGGCGCGCGACGACAUGCUAAUUGCCCCCAACGACCUUGACUUUGGGAAGUACAACUUUCUCCUGCAGGACUGAGCCACGUCAAGACAGACCGAUGGACAUGCAGACAGACAGACGCACACACACACUCACGCACACACACACACACACACUUGUGUGUCUACUUGCUAAAAAAAGAUACUGACAAAAAUGCUUGAGAUAAAGCUACAAUAUAUGACAGUAAAUGCCUGACUUCGUUGUUAAGAAGCCCUUGGUAAACUUGUGCAUACUCUGCAGUUUUGGACUUUUAACUGUAGUUCAGACUUUGGCUCCCGGCCCUUGUCUGCACACAGCACGGUUUAAAUCCACACAACUCAAAGACAGACUGAGUUUUCAAGGCCACCAAGAUUCACACACGAGAAAAGACACACAGGUGACACACACUAUAUAACCCCCCCCACCACCACCACACACACACACACACAGGGUAUAUUUUGGUCAGACGGGGGCCUGUCCUCCCCCAGCUCCUCCACUGCAGAUGUGGGGGUGAAGGCUGAGCCUCGGGAACGAAGAAUGACUCCGCUGACCUCCACUUGACAACACCCCUUCCAGAAUUCGGUCUGUACCCCACCCCUCCGUCCAACCUUUCCCUCGGGUCCCUCUGCCAUGCUGAGAGAAGCAGUAAUGUGCACUGGGGGAAAGGAAAUUUAGAGCUGACUGAAAUAUAUUGUUGACAUGCAUUCCCUGACCGCUGAGUGCUGACAUGACUUCUGGCUCAGACACUGUACAUACACACGUGCACACAGAUGCGCACAUGCCUGUUUUCCAAAAUCUUUAAAGGGGGAGGUGGGGGUUGGAAGUUGGAUGUUGGUUGUGUUCCCUCCUGGGGGCUGUUACACUCAAUGAGGUAUGUGUGUGUGUAUGACCGUCAGCGUGCGUGUGAGUGUGAGAAAGAUGGUAUGCUUAGCUGACCGCGUGAGUGAGAUGGAGUUGGAGAGAGUGCUGUGGUGUACUCACCCAUGCAGAUAACAUGUUGGCCCUGGUUAAAAUGCCAAUGGUGUAAUUGCUUGUGGGUAACGUAGUACAUUGCAGGAUGUCUGAGGAGUGCUCCCAGUGUAAACGGAGCAGAAUGUCUUGUGGAAUGAUGCAUGUUCAUUUUCAGAAGUAGUUUUGAAGAGGGUUCAAGGUGGGGAGUAGAGAGGGGGGAGAUGCUGGUAAUUACUCUCAAAUUAUGAAGGUAGAUUUUUUUAUUUUAUAUAUAUAUAUAUAUAUAUAUAUAUAUAUAUAUAUAUAUAUAUAUGUAUAUAUAUAUAUAUAUGCACCUAGUAGUUAAGCAGGGAACUGCCAUUUCAUUUCAAAUGAAAGGGGCUCCAUGUCACUUUGAAAGUGGGAGUUAGGGUCAGGUGGUUGCCAGUUUUGGCAUGGGCCAAUCGGGUUGACAGGAGUGACGGAGAGGUUUAGAGCUGAGCCCUUGAACGUUGUCUGUGGCAAUUCUGAAGGGAAAACCAAAAGCAGGAGAAUAAAAGCACUCAUGAUGGUGCCUAUAUGUGCACAUUUAUAAAAUAAUAAUUUUCAAUACCCUGCUUCGCGAGUCUUGCUGAAAGGCCACAGUGGACACUACCUAUAAACGUAUGUCAUUAUAUACUCAUAUACAUACACACAUAUAAAUAUUAAAGAGAAUCGAUAUACUAAUAAUAACUUAGCCGUUAAGCUUAAUUAAAGCAUAACCUAAUCCUGUAUUGAUUACAUAGUACCUCUUGUUAUUGAGUCAUACUCUCUGCUAUAUUAACUGUAUCGCUAGAUGACUAGAGAUUCUUGCUUUUGUGAGGGUCAUUCCAGAAGUGUUGGGUGUGGACCGUUCCCUGAGCUGAGCGUGUGAAGGCGCUCGCCUGUCAGGCGUAGAAAUGGUGGAUGAAAAAGAAGAGAAAUGUAUUCGCCCCAAAAACGCAAUGCUUUCAACAGUGCCACUACUCUUGAUCUGUGCUGUUGGCAGAAUAGUUUAGCAGUGCACUCUGCUGUUGAGUGACCAGGAGCAGUACAGUUAGAACUGUUUUUAAAUGGCACCAAGGGAGAGGAAAAAAACACUUGCAUGCACAGACUGUAUUUGGUUAUUCCUUAUUUCCUACCCGAGGGGGGGACCAUUUUUAAUGAAUCAGAAGUUUAAUAUGAAACUCAGUUUAAAGGUGCAAUAGGUACUUUCAGACUUCUAAUGGUCAACAGAGGAAUUGCAGCAACAAACAGCUUCAAACCACAACACUGUUUAUCCCUCCCCCUUCUCUGUGAAUGCGCUGACACUGAAACACCAUUGGCUGUGGCAAUUAGAACCAAUUUUCAACCAAUGAGCUUGAAUUAUUUUACAGCUAUACGAUGUUAUAGUGUGCCGGCCUGUCAACUGUAUAUUUUGAAACCCGAAUUUAAGGACUAUAAACAGAGGCAGAGGGUGAGUCAACAUGUCAGUGAGCCUUUUUUCAGUGAUGGGAAGGGAUUUACAGUGGUCUUGUAGCAAUGUUUUAACACAACAAUCUUACCUAUUGUACCUUUAAGUAUCUGUUCCAGUGCAUGGAUGGGCCAGCCUGGUUGACAAUAUGUCAUCGCACACCAGUGACCCCUGCUGGUCCGUCGGGCGCUUGCGGUCUGAUGCAGCGGCUCCCUCCGGCUCGCGCCCCCACUUUGAGACCGCGGUGUGAAAUUAAGCAGCGGUGACAUCACAUGCUUCUUCAGCGAAACGGCAUGCGAUUGGCUGUACUUUCGUGACUCGACAGUGGAGACUGCAGCGAGUUUCAUAGCGUCGGCUAUUCCGAAUCGGGGAGAGGAAGUGGGGGGAAAAACAGGUCAAAAAUAAGAUGCACAGGUAAAAGUUUUUCAAUCAACUGCCUGCGGUGCCUAUUGAAAACUAUGCGCAUUCUGCCGGUUAUAUUUCAGCCAGGUCAAAACUACAGCGUAUUAGUGUCAGAUUAGUCGGUGUUUAAUUCUCCUUCAAUAAGCAGAAUGUGUGAUUGGCUGUAGAGAGGGGGGGGCCAUACCUGGGGUAAUUGGAGCAGUAUGGGCGUCAAAGAGCUUUGCCCUCUAAUGUAAGAACAGAGGAUUACGGCUCUGCUGCACUGUGACGUGAACGCAAUCUAAAAGCUGUCCCCUGUCUCCGGAGAGUGAUGUCACAAAGCCAAGUUAUAAUGGCACUGGACAGUGGUUGACAGAGAGAGCUCCACCCACCUGGAAUGACCCAGUUGUUUGCAUUGUUGAGGGAUAUUAUUACUAUUAUUACGACGAUGAUGAUGAUGAUGAUGGUUCUAUUACCACCAUUUUUGGGUUCUUCUUAUAUACUAUUGAUAUGUAUACAUUAAUAACUUUCUCUUUAUACAUGUAUCCAAGUAUGAAUAUGUAUUGAUCGUAUUAUAUGGUAUAUAGAUGUCUAUGUAUGCGUCCUUGCAGCAAGGGACAAUCUGUUGUGGAGCUCUGCACAUGUAUCAAUGAUUUUGUCAAGCGUACACACACACACACGCACGUACUGUAUAGACACACGCACAUAUUCACACACACAUACACAUACAUACACACAUACUGUAUGGACACACAUUCACACAUACAUACAUACUGUAUAGACACACGUACACACACACACACACACAUACUGUAUAGAUACACACACACACACACACAUACUGCAUAGAUACACACACAAACACAUAUUCACACACAUACGCACACACAGAAGACUCACCGUAGCGCACCAUGCAGGCGCUCAGUGCAGGCACUUUAUACCUGUGCGAUUGUCCUUGUGACAUUUAAUUGGGGGACCUGACGACUACUUGAUUUGGGGCCUCAGACUCCUUCCUAGCUUUACAUUCAUAUCCGUUGUGGCCUUGCAUUCCUCUUAAUUUGGCACACUUUGAACGUCACUUUCCGUGGGGAUAAAGAACAUGAAGGGCAGUUUCCUUUACUCUUUGUCUUCUUUUUAUUUCUUAUUUCAAUGCCAGUGGGCCCAGGCAACACAAAAUGUCUGUUAUGAUUUUAAUGCAUCACGCAGUGGAAAGCUUGGCUACAGGAGUUCUGAGGACCAGGGUCUGUGGUGGCAGUCUGUCCAUCUGUCCGUCUGUCUAUCUGUACUUCUGUACAUCUGUUACAGUGCAUCGGUUAACGUUCUCACCUCCCAAGAAACGUGGACUUUACCCUGAUCGCACACUGGACUUGAAUCAUGCCAUUGUGUGACAGAGCUCAAAGCAUACCUAGACAUUUAUUAACAACUGCUGCAUAGCACCUUACAAUUUAUAUAAAUAUAUAUAAAAUAUAUAAACAAUCCUCCUUUCUCAAUAUAUAAUAAAAAAAUAUACUUAGACACUUAUAGGUACAUAGAUGGUGCGGUGAUGAUGUGUUGGUUUUAAAUUAACCUUUUUUGCAGAUGUUGCUGUGUGAAAUGAUUGAUCACGUGAUCAUAAAAAAAAUGUAUUCUCCAAAUAAUGCAUAUAUAGGCCUUACGCUAAAUCUGAAUGUUAUGUUUGGGAUGGUGUAUCAGUGUAAUGGAUUGGUAUCAGUGUAAAAACAGUGUAGCUUGCAAUAAAUCGCAAUCUAUGAACGUUAAAUUAAAAAAUUAAAAAAUAAACCAGGCAUUCCAAAGAAACAGGCUCACUAAAAGAUUCUAAAAAUGUACUCAUUUUUUUCUGCAAGCGAUUCUUUUUAUAUCAGCCUUCUCUGGCAAAAGCAAAAGCCUCCUCUCUACGUUCUCUGCUCUCCGGCACAAGACCAGGGUGAAAUAAAUGUGUUCCAGAGGCAUUUUCCUGCUCCUGCACUAAACCUGUGUCCAGGUAGAGUCUGUUCUCAUUUGAGGCUGUACUUUUUUUUUUUCUCCCAGUGUUAAGUAUUCAGCCUGAAUGCUGCAUACAUCUGCAAACAAGUGUACUCUUAAACCAGGCUCACAGGGCUUCUGAAGCUUUGCUGCCGUUUCUCAACCAACACACCUCAUCACCGCCAUUAUAAUUCCUAGUUAUACAGGUGUACUACUCUCCCUAUGAAACUAUAGGUGUGAGCUGACAUACACCAAUAAUGCUCGGUAUAGAUGUUUGUGUUAUCAUUGAUUUGUUUUAUGAUAACUUGGGUAGUUGAUAUGGGCCAGAGGUUUAAAGAAAAAAAGAAAAGAAUGUUUUUUUUUGUUGUUUUUUUUGUUUUUAGUUUUUUGUAUUUUUCUUCUUUUUUUUUGCUUCCUGGUUUAAAAUUGAAAUUGAAAGAUGGAAGAAAAAAAAAACAAUGGACCAAAUCUUAUAUGGAAAAAGUUUAACAAUAAACAGAAAAAGAGAA